UGACUUGGGACCUAAUCACGAAAACAGUGAACAUGUUGACGUCAGAUCUCAGAUGUACCAAAAGAGCAAAUAGGACAGAAUAUUAAGCGCUAGUCGGGACAUGCUUGCGUGAUAUACAAAUACCUAAGAAACGUCGACUCAGGCAUACAUCUUGAAAUAUUUUACUCGAAGAACGUUGGGAAUUCUGAAAAGGGGAACACGAUCGCCAGCUUUUGUUAAAAGACUAUGCUUCACAUUGUUGCUGCAGCUAUGAGCAACCACCUUCAAAAUAUCUCUUCCUUAAAUUCACUAGACUGGCUUUCUCAAGACGACAGAAAUUCUUCGUCUGUCAGAACUUCUGAUCUCCAAGUCGUGGCUGUAAGCCCAUGGGAUAUCACUCUGUGUGUCACUGGGACUAUUAUAUCUUGUGAAAAUGCAGUCGUGAUUGCGAUUCUCUUCUACUCUCCAACACUUCGAGCGCCCAUGUUUGUUCUAAUAGGCAGUCUGGCUCUGGCAGAUCUCCUAGCAGGACUAGGUCUCAUCCUGAAUUUCAUUUUCAUAUAUUUACUCCGUUCCGAACUGGCCUCGUUAGCCUCAGCUGGGCUUUUAAUUACCGCAUUUUCAGCGUCUGUGUGCAAUCUGCUUGCUAUAACGAUUGACAGGUACCUCUCCCUGUACAACGCAUUAACAUACCACACUGAAAGAACUGUUACUUGCACGUACAUGAUGCUGUUUCUUAUCUGGUUCACCAGUAUCAUCAUGGGAAUGCUGCCGAUUAUAGGAUGGAAUUGUUUAAGAGACGAGUCCUUGUGCAGCGUACUGAGACCUGUCACCAGGAACAAUGCGGCUGUGUUGUCUGUUUCGUUUCUGCUCAUAUUUGCAAUGAUGCUGCAGCUAUACCUCCAAAUUUGCAAAAUCGCUUUUAGACAUGCACAGCAAAUUGCAGUCCAACAUCAAUUCAUGGCCGCCUCACACGCCUCCUCCACUACGAAGGGGGUGUCGACCUUGUCUGUUAUUCUGGGAAUAUUUGCCUUUUGCUGGAUUCCAUUUGCAAUGUACACCUUAGUAGCAGACUCCAGCUAUCCUGUGACAUACACCUAUGUGACCAUCCUGCCUGCAACAUGCAAUUCUGUCAUUAAUCCUAUUAUUUAUGCCUUCAGAAACCCAGACAUUCAGAAAUCUUUUUGCCUGGCAUGCUGCAGUUGUGUUCCUGAAACCUUCACCUUGAGACCAAGGACAUCUAGUAAUGUAUAGGACUUCUAUCUAUCUAUCUAUCUAUCUAUCUAUCUAUCUAUCUAUCUAUCUAUCUAUCUAUCUAUCUAUCUAUCUAUCUAUCUAUGUAUGUGCAAUUUUGGUUAUCGUGAGGGGGAAUUCUCUUAAGUAAUUCUCUUAAGCCUGCACAUCUGUAUGCUUUUAACAGAAAUUAUUUGGACUUAGCAGACUGUCACCUUUUUAUUUUACAGUAUCAUUUAGAGAAUUUCCCCACAUAGCCAUUUCAAGAGAAUCAUACUAGUGUUUCUCAAAAGUUAAAGUAUAAAAUAUUGCUGCUAUUCUUUUAUGAUUCAUGUACAGAUCAUCCGGCAUCUAACAAAGCUGUAAAUGUUUGUAAUAGUCUCAUGCCUUCUUCCAUAAUGUGGAGACACAUAUCAGGAAUAAAUAUAGUUCAAAAUGGUGCAAGCAGAAAACCUUUUAAUCUGUGGGAAAUUAGUCAUCAGUCAUAUUUGUUUGUUUCUAUUCUUUGCACUGUUCACAUUUAGC